AUGAGUAAGAACAAUUUCGGCGAAUUAUAUGAAGCAACAUCAAAGCACAUGAAGCAGUUGAUUAUACUUGCUAAUUCGAAAAAAUAUGCUACGGCAGAAUUCGAUGAAUCAUUAAAAUCAUUUGUGAAUAGUUUCAGCCCUGAAGACGCACCAGCAAAUAUAACAGAGUAUCGUACAAAGGUUGCGGUAGAUAUAUUGUCAAGGUUAUCGGUUUUUGACCACCUCAUAUCUGUUUAUCGUGAAUUAGGAAGAAUGGCUAUUCCAUUAAGUUAUUCUACAUUCAAUCCACUCCCUUGUGAAAAAUGGGUCCUCAAGCUGACGGAUUUUCAACAAUCAUUGACUAAUUAUAUGAUCGUCAGCAUAAGCUUCACACAGAAACUGAUCAAAUCUGAUAUAUAUUUGACGGAAGUACGGCGUAUCUUACAUAUCACCAGUGCUAUGAAAAUGUCUGAGGCUGUACUUCCACUAACAACUCUAAUUAUUUGUUCACUAAAUACUGCAUUGGCGUAUGAAAAUAGUUGCCUAACAAAAAUACUUAGAGAUUAUGGUCUACGUAAUAUUUUAACGCGCUAUACUUGCCCUGAUCCAACAAUUAAAUUGGCCAUAACCAUUUUUUUAACGUUUACUUACACUGAUAUCAGUCAACUUCAUCUAAAAGCAGAGUAUAUUGAAUUGUUCAUGCAACAGUUCCAUUAUACUGUUAUUGGAGGAAGAAAAAGUCAUUUCUUUGAUGCCUCUAUUCUCAAUAAAGUGCUCCGUCUUUUGGCUCUAAACGGUGAAAACAGAAUUGAAUUUGGCAAUCGUGAUAUUGUACGUCACUUGACAUCCUUAUCUGAUUCUCAAUCAUACGGCACAAAUGAAAUAUCAACUACUAUACAUAUUUUAUCAUCAAAAGUUCCAGUUAUUGAUGCUACCCAAGAAAUAUUGUCACUAGCUGAAGCAUAUCGCAGCAACAUAACUGAAUUGGAAGAAAAAGUUCGAACAUAUUUUGAAGGUGCUAGUAUUGAUGAAUUCUUACUUCAAUAUCCAACUGAAUCUGAUAUCGGUGAUGACCAAAGUGAUUUGGAUUGA